UUUUAGAAACAAAUCUUAUGAAGAAGUGACUAAACAACUAAAUCCCCAGAAAGUUUUGCAAGCAUUACUACACAUUUUCAAGUUUCAUGUAUAUAUUUUUCGCAUAUCUCGGCAAUAAAUUAGAAAAAGUUCUGUAAGAUGCACUAUCAUCAUUUCAUCUUCCCUAUUUUUAUUCUCUUCAUUUCAUCUGGUUUGGCUGCUAAUCAGCAUAAAGCCGAAAUAGAAGACAAUGAAUUUGCCGAAUUUGAAGAGUUUGAUGAAGAUGAUGAAUUAGUUAUCAAAGAAGAUGAGAGUAUUAAACUUAAUGCUGAAUCCAAAGUCUCUCCUCCUCCACAAUCAUUUGAUGAUGAAGUUCAAAUAGAAGAAGAUAGUGAGGAAUUUGAGCACUUUCAAGAUGAAGAAGAAUUUGAAGGUUUGGAUCAAGAAGUGCCAUUAGUAAAGGGAAAAGCUUCUGAAAAACCUGAUCUUAAGAUAACUAAAGUUCCCCUUCAUCUUAGGAGAAACUGGGAGAGUUUUUACUUAGAAUUUUUAAUGAUAGCUGGUCUACUUGUAUAUUUCAUUAACUUCAUUGCUGGUAGAAAUAAAAACCAAAAAUUAGCCAUGGCAUGGUUCAACUCACAUCGCCAAAUCCUGGAGAAUAAUUUUGCUUUAGUUGGUGAUGAUGGCAAAAAAGAAAUUGAAAGUCCAGGAAUACAAAAAGAAUCUGAAAAUAUAUAUACAUUAUGGUGCAGUGGUAGAGUAUGUGUUGAAGGCAUGCUUGUAGAGUUAAAAUUUUUAAAAAGACAAGAUUUAGUUAGUGUAAUGGCUAAUAUGUUUCGACCAGCUUCAGAUCAAAUACUUAUUAAAGUGACAAUGAAUGCAGAUGCAAUGGAUAAUUUUGUUUUUUGUUUAGCUAACAAAAAAACUGCUGCCCGUUUACUGAAAGAAAUGAGUGAUUUAAGUACUUAUUGUCCUGAAAAGAAGAGUGUAGAUCGCCUUGGCAUACCUGAGAACUUUCUCAUGAUGAGUGAAUUGGGUGAAGCUUCAAGUGCCAUGUUAGAUAGCAAGUUAAUAACUGUUCUUCAAAAGUACUCUGAUUGUAUAGAUUUUAUUCAUUUUUCUGACCAAUUUUCUGGGCCCAAGGUUCAGGAUGAUGCUCAAUUGACCAAAUUGCCUGAUACAAAGAAAAUGUUACUGUUUGGAUUUAACAUUCCAGGCAAAGGGAAAACAACUCCAGAAAUUAUGGAAAAUCUGAAACCUCUGUUGCAGUUAGUGUUCUAUUCCAUUGAAAAGGUUAAAAGAUUUAAGCUGAGCAAAGAAGCCAAAGCAAAAGCAGAAAAGAAUCGUCAGCGUGUUGAAGAAGUGUUCCUGAAAAAUACUCAUGCUCAACGACAAGAAGCAGCCCAAGCUAGAAGAGAAGAAAAAAGGCGUGCUGAAAAAGAAAAAAUGAUGAAUGAAGAAGAUCCUGACAAACAGCGAAAAUGGGAGGAGCGUGAACAUCGUCGAGAAUUGAAGAGGAAAGCUCCUAAGAUGAAGCAGUUAAAAAUGAAAGCAAUAUAAUUUAUUUUUAAAAAAAAUUAUGCAACUAUUCCUAUUUGAAUAUCCCUAUUUUGAGGGAUUUGAAUAGUUGAAGUAUCAUUUUUGGAAGCAUGCUUUAGCUGAUAAAGUUUGUAUGAUCUAUAUAAACAUUUUGUUAAUAGCUUUAAAGAGAAAAAUUAAUUUAAAUUUUUAUGAAAGUUUUAGUGAGCAACUUCCUAUGUUAAUUAUAGGAGCGUGAACAUCGUCGUGAAUUGAAGAGGAAAGCUCCUAAGAUGAAGCAGUUAAAAGUCAAGACAUUGUAAUUUUUUUUUUUUUUUUUUUUUUUCAUUUAUUUCAUUGUAUUUAUACGGUUUGAAACAGAAGUUCUGUUAUGCAAUGAAAUGUUACUGAACUUAAUUUACUAAAAAUUCUAUUUAUGAGAAGUAUUGUGUGAGACAUUUGGAUUGUUUACACAUAAAAGAAUUGUAUGUUUCAGUUCAUAUGUGAUUAGUUACAUUUGUAUUUUAAAUUAAAAGAUUUUUUUAUUGAAAUAUAUCCAAUUUCUUAAUUGAACCAA